AGUCAUUGCAUAGAUUCUACUGGGAAACCAAACAUUUGAAAAAGAAACUAAAAUUUUUAUUUGUAAAAUUAAACAUAAAAUUCUUUUAUUUUGUACACGUCAACUUCGUUUAUUCGGCCGUGUCAAAUCGUUUUUCUUUAUGUCUCUAUUGGAUAAUUGAACACUGAAAACGAAAGUAGGAGAAAGUAUAUGGCAGAAUGAGUAAAAACGAAAAAGAUGUGUUGAGAGAGACCCCGUGGAGGACGACUGUCAACUGGAACAACCCUUUUGAGAGUUUAGAAGAACUUAAAGAUGACUGCGAGAAUUACGAACCGUUGGGUGAACUUUUGCCAGGCGAUGUCCAUUUCCCCAAGGUCAAUAUUCUUCUAUUAGGCAGGGUUGGAAGCGGAAAAUCCAGCGUUUUCAACACGAUUAACUCAUGUUUUCGUGGAAAAAUCUUCAAUGUGGCAAGGAGUGGUAGCACUAAACAUAGUCUUACAACAAAGUUCACAAAGUAUCCAAUACUGUCCGGAAGAAGUACAUUGCGACUGCCAUUGAAGUUUCGAAUCUGUGACACGCGAGGUCUUGAAGUCAAUCAUCUGAUGAGCAAGGAAAAUAUGCGCUAUAUACUAGAGGGGAAUAUUCCUGACCGAUAUCCGCUCGAUCCUUGCGGAAACAUCUCGUCUGAUAUGCCUGGAUUCAAGAAAAAUCCCGGUCUUGACGAUAAGAUCCACUGUGUUGCUAUAGUCCAAGAUGCUACCAUUGUUGAUGCCAUGCAAGAUUUGGACCCAUUGACCACCAAAAAUAUAAAGGACAUGCAAACCGUUAUGAAUAGUUUAGAUAUCCCGCAAGCUGUAAUUUUAACUAAAAUUGACAGCAUUUCUAAUAUGACUGAAGACGACCCGGCAAAUGCCUUCAGGAGUCAGAAAGUGGAAAUAUGUGUCGCCAAGGUAUCAGAGGUGCUUGGGAUAAAUAGAAAUAUGGUUUUUCCUAUGAUGAACUACGAGGCCGAGGACCAACUGAAUCCUAGCAUUGACAUCAUGUCCCUUUUCACCCUUAAGGGCUUAUUGAACACAUGUGACGCCCACCUGUUUCAUCACUAUGACGACAUUGUUGAGAGGUACGCCGUAACUCAGAGUUAAAGCAACUGUCUGAUCACUCAUUAGAUGUGAAUUACUAGUACGUCUUAUAUAACGUCAUCAAGUGCAAAAAAAAACAACAACAAAAAACUGUUUUUCAUCCAUAUUUUGUCAAAUGGAGGAGACCCGCACUACU